UUCGCUUUCGCUUCUUUUUCUUGAAUUUAAUGAUUCUUUUUCUUCAAAGCAAUUUUUUUUGAAUUGUUUUAUUAUUGCUAGAGUGAUAGAAAGCUAGAGGUAACCCACCUUUACAAUGCUAGAAGCCACCAACUUUUGUAUUCGAAUAUUCCAAUCAUGACACUCUACUAUUAUAUUACCCUCCUCGCCUCUUUUGCGAUGAUAGCAGUUCUAGGUGUUCAGGCAGCUGUUAAUGCAGUACCUAACAACGUAUUUGUAAAUACACUAGAGGUUCGAUCAGCUCUCCAGAGUCGCCAACGCUUCUGUCCUAAUGCUAGCUAUUCGCUUUGCCCGAGAUCCCCUUCUAUGUUGCCCUACUGGUCAUCAUUGCUACGUUACAAGCUAUGGCACGGGUUGCUGCUGUGGUCCAAAUGAGUCCUGCGACGUGGAUGCUCGCACCUGUACUACAAUUUCGAAUCCUAAGUCGGCAACCUCAAUAGUAACAGUCGCCUCCAUCUCUACUGUUACCGCUAUCGCUCCCUCUACAACCAAAUCAAGCAAAAGAGUGUUACAAUCUUCACUUGGCAAGAACCGGGUGUUGCCGCAGAGUGCUCAGGGCCAGGUACAAUAGAGGUGGACAGUUAAAGAGGACACGUCUCGUGCCAGGUGUACAGUCCGUACUUGACAUGUGUGGGUUGCUGAGGUGUAGCCUAAUUGUAGUUUGCCUUCGACAGCAGUAUAAGACGCUAGGUCAAACAAUCCGCAGGGCAUAAGGUUAUGUAACGAUUCUCAUGAAUCGUUCCAUCUCGGGUCGCUCGGAACCUAUCCGAUGGGUCCCCGUAUCAGCCCCGACCAUGGCUCGACUCUGUCCCCCACAGUUACCCCUAUUCCCCUAAGUAUUUAGUCGCACCUCUCCCCUUAGCUAGCUUAGUAGUUUUCUAAUAUCCUUUGUACAAAGCCUAUAGGUGUUAAUAGAAUGCACGCACUUCUAUAU